AUGAUUGUCUCCAAACAUCCAUCCAUUAAGGGCAUCAAUUUCGAUUUGCCUCACGUUAUCGAUGUUGCUCCACCUCGUCCAGGCAUCGAGAAUGUUGGUGGCGACAUGUUUGUGAGCGUGCCUAAAGGAGACGCUAUUUUCAUGAAGUGGAUUUGCCACGAUUGGAGUGACGAGCACUGCCUGAAAUUCUUGAAGAAUUGCUACAAAGCCUUGCCGGAAAACGGGAAAGUGAUCCUUGCCGAGUGCAUCUUGCCGGAGGCUCCGGAUACAGAGCUCGCAACGAAAAUUGCAGUCCAUGUGGACGUGAUCAUGUUGGCCCAUAACCCGGGUGGCAAAGAGAGGACAGAAAAGGAAUUUCAGGCCCUCGCUAAAGGGGCGGGCUUUAAAAGGUUUCGAAAAGUUUGUUGUGCUUACAGUACUUGGAUCAUGGAGCUUCUCAAAUGA